GUGAGUUGCGUCUUCCUCCCGCCGGCCGCCGGCCGCCGCCUUCCUUGAACCUGCCGGUCGUGGACACCCACCCCGGUCACUCACUCCAUUAACUCCUCCGUCCGGUCGCAGUAGCUACUAGCUAGCUAGCACUCGAUCGAGGCCAUGUCCACCGCCCCGCCGCCGCCGCAGCUGGAGGACCUCGAGGCGUUCUCCCCGUCGCUGUUCCUCGACCUGCCCCCCACGCCGCACGACGACGACGACCCCAACAAUGACGACCUCCUCCUCCCCUUCAUCUCCCGCAUGCUCAUGGAGGAAGACAUCGACGACAAGUUCUUCUACCAGUACCCCGACCACCCCGCCCUCCUCGACGCCCAGCGGCCCUACGCCCAGAUACUCGAAACCUCUUCCUCCUCCUCCUCCGGCGACGCCACCACCUCCGCCUCCGGUUCCGCCACCAACAACUCCUCGGGCGACUCCGGCGCCAACGCCGCCGCCUGGCCCUACGAUCCAAUCGAGCUCUCUCAGCUGCUCCAAUCCCCGCCCCACCCCGACACGCUCGCCCUGCCCGACCACCACCACGAUGCCAUCGCCACCACCAAGAGCACGCCGGAGGAGGACACCGACCUGAAGCAGCUGUUCGCUGGCGUCCACGACAUGGAGAUGCUCAAAAUGGCGUUCCUCAAGGGGAGGGAGGAGGCCAGCAAAUUCCUGCCCACAAACAACCCCCUCCUCGCCGCCGGCUUCGAGGUCAAGGAGGAGCCUUUUCCGCUGGUGGAUGGGACGACGUUCAACAGCGGCAGCGGAAGGGGCCGGAAGAACCGGCACGGCGUGGAGGACGACCUGGAGGCGGAGACGGGCAGGAGCAGCAAGCUGAUGCUGCCAGAGCAAGAGGACACCGCCGCCGCCCGCGAGAUGGUCGACGAAAUUAUGCUCAGCGGGUACGAGGUGUUCAUCAAGGGGAUGAACGAACUACGCAUCGCCAUGGACAGCGAGGCCGAGAAGAAGACCCGGAACGUCGGCCGGCGGGCGGCGCGCGCGAAGGAGGCGGUGGUCGACCUGCACACCCUGCUCAUCCACUGCGCGCAGGCGGUGGCGACGAGCGACCGGCGGAGCGCGACAGAGCUCCUGAAGCAGAUCAAGGAGCACUCGUCGGUGAGAGGAGACGCGACGCAGCGGCUGGCGUCCUGCUUCGCCGAGGGGCUGGAGGCGCGGCUGGCCGGCACGGGGAGCCAGGUGUACAAGUCGCUGGUGGCGAAGCGCACGUCGACGGUGGACUUCCUCAAGGCCUACAAGCUGUUCACGGCAGCCUGCAGCAUCAAGAAGGCGAACGUCAUCUUCUCCAACAAGACCAUCUCCGACGCCAUGGUGGGGAGGCGCAAGCUGCACAUCGUCGACUACUGCCUGCACUACGGGUUGCAGUGGCCAGGCCUGUUCAGGUCGAUGGGAGAGUGGGAAGGCGGCCCGCCGGAGGUGAGGAUGACCGGCAUCGACCUCCCGCAGCCGGGGUUCCGGCCGGCCGAGCAGAUCGAGGAGACAGGCCGGCGGCUGAGCAACUGCGCGCGGCAGUUCGGGGUGCCAUUCAAGUUCCGCGGCAUUGCGGCGAAGUGGGAGACGGUCCGUCGCGAGGACCUCGGCGUGGACCCAGAGGAGGUGCUGGUGGUGAACUGCCUCCAUGGGCUGAACAACCUGCAGGACGAGAGCGUGGUGGUGGAGAAAGCGAGCCCGCGAGACGUGGUGCUGCGCAACAUCCGCGACAUGAGGCCCGACGUGGUGAUCCAGUGCGUGGUGAACGGCGCGUACGGCGCGCCCUUCUUCCUGACGCGCUUCAGGGAGGCGCUCUUCUUCUACUCGGCGCAGUUCGACAUGCUGGACGCCACCAUCCCGCGCGACAACGACGAGCGGCUGCUGAUCGAGCGCGACAUCCUGGGGCGCUCCGCCCUCAACGUCAUCGCCUGCGAGGGCGCCGACCGGGUGGAUCGGCCGGAGACGUACAAGCAGUGGCAGGUGCGCAACCACCGCGCUGGGCUGACGCAGCUGCCAUUGAAGCCCCAGGUGGUGCAGCUCGUCAGAGACAAGGUCAAAACCCUCUACCACAAAGACUUCGUCGUCGACGUCGAUAACCACUGGCUGCUGCAUGGGUGGAAGGGAAGGAUUCUGUACGCCAUGUCCACAUGGGUUGGUUGCUCAGCCUCAUUAAUUUCACUUUAAUUACCUGCUUCGAUUCAUGUAUUAUACCUCCUCACAGCUUCACUUCACAACUACUAGAUUGUACUAAUGUCCAUCGUGAUAUCUUUUGCACACGCGCAUUGUAUACCAUUUUCGUACGACAUAAAUAAUUAAGUACUCCUAUAUUAUGUGCUCUUCUCUUGCUGAAAAUCAA